AAAUGUGAUACUAACAUGUGUUGUGUGAUUGCUUUUGUUUUUCAGUACAUCCAGCAGAACAUUAGAUCAGACUGCUCUAAUAUCGACAAAAUCCUUGAGCCUCCAGAGGGUCAGGACGAGGGCGUGUGGAAGUAUGAACACCUCAGGCAGUUCUGUCUGGAGCUCAACGGACUAGCUGUAAAACUGCAGAUCGAGUGCCAUCCAGACACCUGCACCCAGAUGACAGCCACAGAGCAGUGGAUCUUUUUAUGUGCUGCCCACAAGACACCCAAAGAGUGCCCUGCCAUUGAUUACACCAGGCACACGCUGGACGGAGCUGCCUGUCUUCUCAAUAGCAACAAAUACUUCCCCAGCAGGGUGAGCAUCAAGGAGUCAUCGGUGGCCAAGCUGGGCUCCGUCUGUUGUCGCAUCUAUAGGAUAUUCUCUCAUGCCUACUUCCAUCAUCGCCAGAUAUUCGACAAGUAUGAGAACGAGACGUUCCUGUGUCACCGGUUCACGCGCUUCGUCAUGAAGUACAACCUGAUGUCCAAGGACAACCUGAUCGUGCCCAUCCUGGAGGAGGAGGUGCAGAACACCUCGUCAGCGGGGGAGAGCGAGGCCUAAACACACUGCUGCCACAAAGGGAGACACAUGUAACACACACAUGACAUGAGGAGACACAUUCACACACCUUGCAUACACAGUACACACAUAUAUAAUAUAUAUAUAUAUACACACUACAGUGUCUACAAUAAGGCUCCUGUCUCGUAACACUGUCCAUGUCCCUCCACCCUUGUCACCUGUGUCUAUCUCAAAGGAAGUGAGGGGUAGCGGGAGCAGAGUUCAGCCAUGCCUGCAGGACAAGUUGACGUUUUCUAUCCUCCUCCCUCUCGCUCUGUGUGUUCAGAUCCACUCUGGGGGUCUGGGUGCAGCCCCUGCUCUCACACUACUCCUCCUGGGGAAACCCCUUUUACCUUUAAUGUUCUUUAAGCAGCUGGAUUUGCAAAAAUGUAAUCAUGGUGACCUGUAUUGUUGACAAAGGCACACGCUGACAGCCCCUCCCUCUGUAUAUAACCCUCCCCUCCCCCCCUCUCUUAAUUCACUAUCAUGUUUUCUGAUGGUGCUUCACUUUUUCGUGUCUGCUUCUGUUUCUCUAUUUGCUUAUUGUGUUGCCUACCAGCCUGUUUUUCGGGGGGGUCGUCCUAUGAAAUGGAUCAAUAAAUUAGCCUGCUGACUUAAAGGGAUAGUUCAGAUUGUGUGUGGGUUGUAUGCAUAUCCAUAGUUCAGGUAUGACCGACAGUAACUGCUCUCUAAAAGCCACCAAACUCCAUUGUCAGAAACCAGUUAUUUUACAUCGCUGAACACAGAAGUUUCUCGCUUUCUGUUGCCUCAAUUAGUACGUUUUUUUUGGUGCUAUUUUGUGACUUUGGUGUUUAAAAUAGUUAGUUUGGAUUCACUGACGUCACACGAUUUACACAAAAUAACUAACUGAUAGAGGAAGAAGUAGAACAGCAACGCCUUUUUGUUCUGCGAUUUAUAAAAUCACUGCUUUUAUCAAUGGCGUCUGGCUUUGGCGAGAGCAU